CUACAGCCACACAGCCGACACGCGCGCGCAGGCUGCUGCAUGCAAAUAAAACGCCUUAAUGGGGUUUUCCGCUCGCGCGCUGUGCUGAAGCUAUGGGGCUCGGGUGAUGAUAAUAAUAAUAAUAAUAAUAAUAAUAAUAGAAAAAGAGCCAUUCGGAUCUCCACUGAGUGCUCGAGCGAACGCCAGGGCGGUGUUUACGUGGUUUACACUCCUUUGCAGAGGGCACUGAGCGGAGCGGAGAGGAGAGGAGAGGAGCUGGAGCAUCGGGAAGCUCUCCGACUCCGCCGGCUUCCGGACAUUCGGGGCGGCAUCGGCGCUGCUAACUGGAGCGACUGAAUCGACAUCGCAGCGUUGAUUCGCGUUAUAUCGGAAAAGGUGGCGUUUCCUAACAUGUCCAGAAAAGUCCAAAGAAGCGAGGUGUGUGCAGACUGCAGUGCGCCAGAUCCGGGUUGGAGCAGUAUAAACAGAGGGGUGCUGAUCUGUGAUGAGUGCUGCUCUGUGCACCGGAGCCUCGGACGUCACAUCUCCAUCGUCAAGCAUUUGCGCCACAGCGGCUGGCCACCUUCCUUACUACAGAUGGUGCAGACACUGGCCAGUAAUGGUGCGAACUCCAUUUGGGAGCAUUCACUACUGGACCCUGCACAGGUUCAGAGUGGUCGCAGGAAACCUAACCCACAAGAUAAAGUCCACCCCACCAAGUCAGAAUUCAUUCGCGCCAAGUAUCAGAUGCUAGCCUUUGUCCACAAACUACCGUGCCGUGAUGAUGAUGGGGUCACCAGCAAGGAUCUCAGCAAGCAACUGCAUUCGAGUGUGCGGACAGGAAGUCUGGAGACAUGUCUGCGACUGCUGUCUCUUGGCGCUCAGGCUAACUUCUUUCAUCCUGAGAAAGGCACCACUCCUCUGCAUGUGGCUGCUAAAGCGGGUCAGGUCCUGCAGGCUGAGCUGCUUGUGGUGUACGGAGCUGACCCCGGAGCGCCAGACAUCAACGGACGCACACCCAUGGAUUAUGCCAGGCAGGCGGGUCAGGUGGAGUUAGCUGAGCGCUUGGUGGAAUGUCAGUACGAGCUAACAGACAGGCUGGCUUUCUAUCUGUGUGGCCGUCGUCCAGAUCACAAGAAUGGACAUUAUAUCAUCCCUCAGAUGGCAGACAGAGCGCGCCCUAAGUGCCCAACACAGAGCCUGGACCUGUCUGAACUGGCCAAGGCUGCCAAGAAGAAGCUUCAAGCGCUAAAUAACCGCUUGUUUGAGGAGCUGGCCAUGGACGUCUAUGAUGAGGUGGACCGUCGGGAAAAUGAUGCGGUGUGGCUAACGACUCAGAACCAUAGUACGCUGGUUACCGAGAGGAGUGCUGUUCCCUUUUUGCCCGUCAACCCUGAAUAUUCGGCCACACGCAACCAGGGUCGACAGAAAUUGGCACGCUUUAACGCACGAGAAUUUGCUACACUAAUCAUCGACAUUCUCAGCGACGCCAAGCGGCGGCAACAAGGCAAAGGCCUGACAAGUCCUGCUGAGCCUCUAGACGUGAGCCAGGCAGACGAUGACCAGCACGACUAUGAUAGUGUAGCUUCAGAUGAGGACACAGACAGUGAAAUAACUGCACAGAACAACACCAACGCUCAGCGCAACAACCGUGCUAAGAGCAUGGACUCUUCUGAUCUGUCAGAUGGGCCCAUCACGCUGCAAGAAUAUCUGGAGGUGAAGAAAGCCCUGGCCUCAUCUGAGGCUAAAGUCCAGCAGCUCAUGAAGGUCAACAACAACUUGAGCGAAGAGCUGAGGAGGCUUCAGAAAGAGAUUUCGCGGAUGCAGACGGAGAACGUAGCUCUAAGGGGGGCUCAGGCUGGGCCUGCGGGGGCUCUGGGGGGUGGCAACCCGGCCCUUUGGCCCACCGGGGUAAGAGGGGCAGGAGGAGUAGGCAGUGGGGAGUUGAGCUUGGCUCCGCCCUCCUCAGCUCCUCUGCGGAGGGACAGGCAGGCCUUCUCGAUGUACGAGCCCGGAGUGGCCGCCCCCAAAGCCCUCGGCCCAGCACUGGACUCCCUGAGCGGCCACCUGCAGCCCCUCAGCACCAGCGUAAGUGUGCGAAAAGGGGCUUCUGCAGGCCCUACCCCUUAUGGAGGACCACACAUGUCCGCCUCCAUGGAGAUGGGACGCUAUAUGCCCCCUAAAUUAGAGAAACAUGGUAGUGGAACUGACAGUGACUAUGACAACACUCAAACAUAUGACAUCUCUGUUGGCAUGGGCCGCAGCAGCGAGGAGGAGAGCCGAGUGGAGGUGGAGGAUAGUGGAGAUGCGGGAGAGCCAGAUCCCACACUACCCUGCACAGAGGAUGUCAUCCUGAAGACUGAGCAGGUCACCAAGAACAUCCAGGAGCUGCUGAGAGCAGCACAGGAGUUUAAACAUGACAGUUUUGUGCCAUGCUCAGAGAAGAUCCACUCAGCUGUGACCGAGAUGGCCUCUCUCUUUCCGAAGAGACCAGCUCUGGACGCGGUGCGCGCCUCCCUCAAGCUGUUGGCCUCUAGCGCCUCGCGUCUGCAAGUGGAGUGUCGCAAAGCUGCACCCUCAGAGCCUUCGGCCAGCGCUGUUGAUUACCAGCUCCUCACCCAGCAGGUCAUACAGUGUGCCUAUGACAUAGCCAAGGCCGCUAAGCAGCUCGUCACCAUCACCACUCGCGAGAAGAAGCAGUGACCCAGCUCUGGGUUUGAUGGGUGCGGGGACACACUGGUGGUGGAAAGAGGAACUGCAAGCAAGCAAACAGUGGAUUGUUGAAGAUGAGAAAGAAAUGAAUGAUGGAAAUGGAAGGACACGAAUGGGUUGGAUGUUGAAUGUAGGGGAUGAUGUUAUUUUAUGAAUGGUGAUAAAAAUAAGAAUCAUAUGUGGGGGGGGGGAAGGAAUGGAAGUAACAGGAAGCUACAUGCAGGUUGCACCACCAACGGAGAGAGAGGGGGGCUUAUGGGAGACUGUUAUGGGAGACUGUUAUUGGAGCGGCUCAGAUCAUCUCACUACUUCUCUUAAUCUGUUAUUGGGAUCCUUUUUAACAUGCACCUUUCAUUCAUAUCUCUCUCUCAUACACACAGGUAUAUGCUGAUGACUCGUGCAUUUUUCUCUCUCUCACACACACACACACACACACACACACACACACACACACACACACACACACACACACAGACAGGUCUGCUCUUUCUCAGAAUUUUUAUUUUCUUUAAUGUUUGUUGAUUUCAUGUCUACUUUUAUAUGCCACUCCAUUGGCCUUUACCUCUCGGGACAAAGACGUAGACUUAAACACUUACACUGGAAUUAUUGUAAUGCUUAUGACUAUAGUUUUUUUUAAUUAUUAUUAAUGUUAUGAUUAUCAUUGUCAGUGAUGUUUUUUCUGAAUUUUGUUAAAUGUAUUAUUAUUAUUAUUAUUAUUAUUAUUAUUGAUGUUGUUUUUUUUGUGUGUGGUUUUUUUUUUUUCGUUAUUGUCCAUCAUUUGGUCGAGAAAGGGGGAACUUUUGAAAAUGGAACCCUCAGUUUUUUUUUUUCUCAGUAUUGGGGAUCCUCAUGAUCUUACAAGAACAUACCUGUUCUCCAGGAAGACAUGUUUUGUGUAAAAAAAAAAAAAUGUACAAGUCUGCAUUCACCAUAACCAAAGGAAAUAGCGAUGGUAAUGAGGACACUGUAGCAAUGAUUUUCUAGCCAUUAAGUUGCAUUUGUCAGUGUCUGAAAACGAGGUCAGCUCUCAUUCUUUUGACGAUGGAUCCAUUUCUUCAUUCAUCUCACAGUUCACAAUCCCUCCAUUGUAUGAUUUCAUCGAAGCUGCAGAUUUGUUGUCUCAUUCGUUACAUUGCCUGUAUUUAGGAGUAUAGAGGUCCACUGUGGUAGGACGAUUCCUCUCCAGUUCUUCCACUGUAUUUUCUUUGAGAGCAUCAGUUUGGCUUCUUUCCUAGUGUAGCGAGUUACAGAGUUUUGAUGUGAACUUCUAUUUUUUUGGACCAGAUUUUUUUUUUUCUUCUAUGAAAAUAUCAGAUUGAGUAUACUUCAUGUUUAUAUUGUUUUCUUGAUUUGGAAAGCAUGUGUACUGUUAGUUUAAUAAUGUUUUAUAAGCUAUACAGAUAUGAGUGCUGAUGAUGGACGGGCAACAUCAGUGUUUACUGUCCAGGCAUUUCAGCAGGUUGCAGUAAUGGGGAAAAAAAAUCACAGCUGUGCUGUAUAAAUCUGUCCCCUAGUUGAUUCUGGAGCCAAAAAGCCAGUGUGUAUGAGAUUGUAAGCAGCAGUCAGGGCCCCAAUCCACUGCUGAAUACUAGCUAUAGAGCACUCUGGCUCAUAGUACCACCAAGUUAUUUUGUCUGACGAAUACUCCUUGAUAUUGUGGGGUUAGUAAACUGGAGCUUUCAAAUCCUAUAUAUCGAGCACUAUUAAUGUUUAUAAUUCUCAGGCUUCUUUUAGACAGCUCGUCACAAUAUGUUUUCACAGAUGCCUGUUUGGUGUUUAUACGACGACAACAUUUCAGUUUUUCUUUGGACAACAUCCAUAUUUCAGCAGAUGAUCACAUACUGAUGAUGUGUCUGACUAGACAGCUAGUACAACAGAUCAUCUUAUUUUACUGUCAAGGCACAGUCUAUCCCACAUUGUCCCGUCAAUACACUUUCAGUGUUGUUUUUGUAUUUCUUUUGCCAUUACAUAAGCCUUAAUUUUACUUUUCUCACUUUGUUCAAUUUACCCUGAUGUUUUCAGCCAUUUCAUGCACUUGCCUUAUUUCUUUUUCAUUUUGGAAAUGGGAUAUUGUUUUCCUUAAAAAAAAAAUUUCAAACAACUGUUUGAGAGAAUUUACCAUUUACUUUGCACAUCAGUUAUUUUUUUUAAUAGCUACAUGGCAUCUCUUCCAGACUCUUUAUUCCCUCGGGGUAGUGCACAUGGAACCGAAUCAUUGAGUAUGUGUUACACAUAUUGCUAAUUUUGCCUUUUUCACAAGGCUGUUUUACAGUGGCUCUUGGAAGAUGUUUUACACAGUUUAUUGUGACCUUAGUUAAGAGGUUCGUACCUGAAAAGAUGGUGUGUGUGUGUGUGUGUUGGGAAAUGGGAGCCUUAGCACACAUGGACUUCAUGAUCUAUCCAGCACAAUGUUGGGCUCCUUUAGUGUGAGUUCUGUAAGUUUAAUGUCUGUCUUGUCCCAUGCAGCCUCAUGCCAUGAUACAAACAACAAUCAAUGCACACAAGAACAAAGCCUGUGUGAGUGCACACUUGCACGCACGCGCGUGCGCACACACGCGCACAUGUUCACAUCCUACUAAUGCAUCGUCUCUUCAAGUCAGUCAAACACACUGCACUGUACUCCUCAUAACUGUUUUGAGAUGGCUGAUGGGAGAAUUUCUUUUCGCAGAGUUAAUUGUACAAAAUAAAGACAUUAAACUAAGCAAAAAAAAAAAAAAAUAGAAACUCAUAAGCUGUACAUUUGUAAUAAAGACAAAACUGGUAAUUGUCCUAAAAGAAUGCUUAUUUGUAUAUAUUUUACUUAUCAAGUGUUUAGUUUUUUCUCCUUUCGUCCUUCCAUAAUUCAGGAACUGAUUUAUCUGGAAGAUUAUUUGCAUUUUAUUCACUGAGAUAAAGCAGAGUGUAAACCGAUAGUUCUCAAAGCAGGGUCCAGAGACCCCAAGAGGUCCUUAAAGCAUAGGCAAGGGCUCAUCUCAUCUCAUCUCAUUAUCUCUAGCCGCUUUAUCCUUCUACAGGGUCGCAGGCAAACUGGAGCCUAUCCCAGCUGACUACGGGCGAAAGGCGGGGUACACCCUGGACAAGUCGCCAGGUCAUCACAGGGUAGGCAAGGGCUCUGAUUUAUAAAUGUCAAAUGUAUUCUGUUGGAAAGUUUAGGACGAGAGAAGCUUUAUGGUUCAAAUAAAUAGCCAGAAUAUUUGAAUCAUGGGUCUAAUAUUGCAAUGGUUGGAUUAGUUCAUGAAAUUAUGCUUUAGGGUGUGCGAAUUAUAUUUUACAGUUAAAGGGGUCCUUGGUAAAAAGUUAUGUACAACCGUUUGCGGUUGUAUCCAUUGAAUAGGAUUGUAUACAAUGGCCUGUCGAAGCUUUAACAGCUCAUUGAAUUGCUUGCUCUUGUUUCAGUACAUAAAUUAAACCAGGAUGGUGGGGUCUCCGAAGAUGGAGAGCAAUGAUUAGACAUUUCAUCAUAGCCAAAAACCAUGCCUGAUUUGUAAAACUGAUUAUCUGCUCCAAGACUAUCGAUCGAGUUCAAAAUGCAUGCCUCAUCAGCUUUCUGCUGAGGUGAAUAGCUCAGUGCUUAACUUCCCUCAAUAAUCAAGCACUGUAUAUGUGCUACGGAGGAAACACGUGUAUUGGGAUGUGAUAUUUGAAGGAAAUUAUGCUACUAUAUUAAAAAUAUUUUAAUAA